AUGGGCGCGCCCACGCCCGAGACCAGCCGCCGCCCGCUCUACACCUGGCUGGCUGAGCUGGAGCGCAUGCGGGAUGCGGCUGCCAGCGGGGCCAGGGCCAAGUUCACCGUCCUGGAUGUGGCCGACCGCUCGGUGGAGCCUGGGUGCACCGCCGCCGCCUGCAUGCCCACCAGCCCUCGCUCGGUGGAGGCGUGCCUGCGGCUGGGCAUCGACCCGGCCUGCCUGCUGCACCGCCCGCUCGACCACUUCCUGCGCUCCGAGCGCAGCCCCGAGCUGGCGCAGCUGGCGUUUGAGCACGAGGAGGCGCUGCGCCAGGACCGGCUCAAGGCGCUGAUCGAGGAGCGGCGGCGCCUGGAGGAGGUCGCGCGCGCGGGCAGCAGAGCGGCGGCCUCCGGCAAGCCCGCCGCCUCCGCCGCGGUGGCUGGGGCCGAGGACCUGGUUGAGAAGGAGGCUCGGCGGCUGGAGGUGAUGCGGCGGCGACAGGAGCGGGAGCUGGCGCAGCUGAUUGCGUACGAGAUGGUGCGCAAGGAGAUGCAGGAGCGGGCGGAGGCAAAGGUGCGGGAGCAGGAGCGCAAGGCUGACGAGCAGCGCGCCGCCAAGCAGGCUGCUGACGAGGAGUGGCGGCGCCAGCAGCACGAGCGCGAGAUCCAGCGCAAGCUGGAGGACGAGGCGCGGCAGAAGGAGAUCAAGGCAGGCGGGGGCCCCUGCGUGAGCCAAGCAGCAGCGCCCCUGCCCAACCGCAUGCAGGCUCAGGAGGCGGAGCGGUAUGAACGUGAGAUGGAGCUGCGGCGACGGGAGCAGGAGGAGGAGAAGAAGCGGCGGCAAGAGGCCUACAUGCGGGAGCAGGAGCGAAUGCAGAAGGCGGAGCAGGCGCGGCUGGAGACCGAGCGCAUCCUGCGGGAGCAGCAGGACGCGGUAGAGAAGCGCAAGGCGGAGAUGCAGAAGCGGGACGCGGAGCGGGAGAAGGCCAAGCAGCUGGCGGCCGAGGAGCGGGCGGCGGCCAACGCCGAAGCGCAGCGCCAGGCGCAGGCACGCAUCGCUGCGGCGCAAGAGGCCAAUAGCGCCAUCCUGCAGAGGCGCCGCGAGGAGUUUGAGACGCAGCAGAAGAAAAACGAGGAGCGGCGGCGGCUGCGGGAGGCGCAGCGGCAGGCGGAGGAGGAGGAGCGGCGGGAGGGGGAGGAGAAGCGGGCGGAGCAGCGGCAGGCGGCGUACGAGGAGGCGCAGCGCAGGGAGGCGGCGCGGGUGGCCGAGGUGGAGUCUGUGGAGGAGAUGAAGCGGCGGGAGGCAUACGAGCGCAGCCAGGCGCUGCGGCGCAUCGAGGAGGACACGGCGCGCACCCGGGCCCUGCAGGAGCAGCGGCGCCAGCUGCAGGGCCAGCGCCGCAUGGCCAACAUGAACGCCUCGCUGCAGCGCCAGCAGAUUGUGCAGGCCAUGGAGAAGCUGGCGGCUACCAAGUCCUGGGCCGAGAUGAGCGGCCCCAAUGGCGGCGUCAGCAUGGACGCGCUGCUCAACAAGAAGUGA